UUUACGACGCGCGACGCGACUUUCGACACUACCUUCCGGCUACACCACCACCACCCAGCCUCCUUUGCAGUGCACAGACGCAUCACAUCGCUGGAUAUUCGACUUUACGGCCGUGUACCUGGUGGAUCGGGUGCCUUCAUCCUGUCAUGGAGUCUGGCGGCCUAUCAGAUCGAGCCAAGGGCUACAUUUACGGCAAUGAUCUCUUGAUGGGCUUUGCGUUUGUGGUUGUCGCGACUCGCUUCUAUUGCCGGAUGCGAAUGGGAUCCAAGCGAGGCCUCUGGUGGGAUGACUUGUUCAUAAUGCUUUCAUUCGUACGUGGGUCAUGCUCAAUGCGUGAGACAUGUUCAUCUUUGGCUUACCAAGCUGGAUAGAUUUUCGCCGUGGGAUUUGGAGCUACAGUCAACGUAGCGAUGGG